AUGAAAGCUCUUAUUCUUGUUGGAGGAUUUGGUACACGUUUACGACCAUUAACCUUGACACUUCCCAAACCACUUGUUGAAUUCGCCAAUCGACCCAUGAUUCUACAUCAAAUUGAACAUCUUGCCAAGGCAGGUGUAACAGAUAUUGUAUUAGCGGUGAAUUAUCGACCAGAAAUCAUGGUAGCAGCGUUAAAGUCAUAUGAAAAGGAAUACAAUGUCAAGAUUACUUUUUCUGUGGAAACAGAACCUUUGGGUACAGCAGGACCUUUGGCGUUGGCUCGUGCUAUUUUGGCCAAAGAUGACUCUCCCUUCUUUGUACUGAACAGUGACAUUAUUUGUGAUUACCCUUUUGAAUGUUUACGCGAUUUCCAUUUGUCUCAUGGUCAUCAAGGUACUAUUGUCGUCACCAAGGUGGAUGAUCCUUCCAAGUAUGGUGUCAUUGUCAAUCAUCCUGAUCAACAUCGAAUCGAACGUUUUGUAGAAAAACCAAAAGAAUUCAUUAGUAAUAAAAUCAAUGCCGGUAUAUAUAUUCUUAGUCCUUCUGUCUUGGAUCGUAUUGAGUUGAAACCUACUUCAAUUGAAAAGGAAGUAUUUCCCUACGUAGCACAAGAUGGACAAUUACAUACUUUUGAUUUGGAAGGAUUUUGGAUGGAUAUUGGUCAACCCAAGGAUUUCCUAACAGGAACGUGUUUGUAUCUCGCUUAUUUAGCCAAGAAACAAUCUGAACUUUUAUGUACACAAGCAUUUGUACACAAGGGUAAUGUCAUGGUACAUCCUACAGCAAAGAUUGGAAAGGAUUGUCGCAUAGGUCCAAACGUCGUGAUUGGUCCCAACGUGGAAAUUGGUCAAGGUGCCCGAUUACAAAGAUGUGUCAUUUUGGAAGGUGCUACGAUCAAAGAUUAUGCUUGGGUUCAUUCUAGUAUUGUUGGUUGGCAUUCAUCUGUCGGUCGUUGGUCUCGUUUGGAAGGUUGCUCUGUAUUGGGUGAUGAUGUGACAAUCAAUGAUGAAAUUUAUGUCAAUGGUGGCUCUAUCUUACCUCACAAGUCAAUCUCAGUUAAUAUCACGGAACCUCAAAUCAUCAUGUAGAUAGAUAACCCCCCUUUUUUAUAUAUAUAUGAUUUAUCUAUUCAUCAACGUAAUAUUUCCUAUCAAAAAAAUAAAUACAAAUAAAGAAUA